UUCCCGCAGUGCUGGAGGACACGGUGGAGGAGCGCGUCAUCAGCGAAGAGUACAAGAUCUGGAAAAAAAACACCCCCUUCUUGUACGACCUGGUGAUGACACACGCUCUGGAGUGGCCCAGUCUCACCGUGCAGUGGCUGCCUGAUGUGACCAGGCCAGAAGGAAAGGAUUAUGCUCUACACUGGCUGGUUUUGGGAACACACACGUCUGAUGAACAGAACCACCUGGUUGUUGCAAGAGUCCAGAUUCCCAAUGAUGAUCAGUUUGAUGCUUCGCAAUAUGACAGUGAGAAAGGAGAGUUUGGUGGCUUUGGAUCUGUGACCGGCAAAAUUGAAACAGAGAUUAAAAUUAACCAUGAAGGUGAAGUAAACCGCGCUCGUUACAUGCCGCAGAAUCCUUGCAUCAUUGCUACAAAAACACCAUCUGCUGAUGUGUUGGUAUUUGACUACACUAAACAUCCUUCAAAACCAGACCCAAGUGGAGAGUGUAAUCCUGAUCUUAGAUUAAGAGGGCACCAGAAGGAAGGCUAUGGCUUAUCAUGGAACUCAAAUUUGAGUGGACAUCUUCUCAGCGCAUCAGAUGAUCAUACUGUGUGUUUAUGGGAUGUAAGUGCUGGACCAAAAGAAGGCAAAAUCGUUGAUGCAAAAGCAAUCUUUACUGGGCACUCUGCAGUAGUAGAAGACGUGGCGUGGCAUCUGCUCCAUGAAUCUCUGUUUGGAUCCGUGGCGGAUGAUCAGAAGCUUAUGAUUUGGGACACAAGAUCUAAUACCACGUCCAAGCCAAGUCAUUCUGUAGAUGCUCAUACAGCCGAGGUCAACUGUCUGUCCUUCAAUCCUUACAGCGAGUUCAUUCUAGCAACUGGUUCUGCUGACAAGACAGUGGCUCUAUGGGAUCUUCGAAACUUAAAAUUGAAACUCCAUUCUUUUGAGUCUCAUAAAGAUGAAAUUUUUCAGGUUCACUGGUCUCCUCAUAAUGAAACAAUUCUUGCUUCAAGUGGUACUGAUCGUCGGCUUAACGUAUGGGAUCUAAGUAAAAUUGGAGAAGAGCAGUCUGCAGAGGAUGCAGAAGACGGACCUCCUGAGCUGCUGUUUAUUCAUGGAGGACACACUGCCAAAAUUUCAGACUUCAGUUGGAAUCCUAAUGAGCCUUGGGUAAUCUGUUCUGUGUCGGAGGACAACAUAAUGCAGAUAUGGCAAAUGGCAGAAAACAUUUACAACGAUGAAGAACCAGAUAUAGCAGCAACCGAACUGGAGGGUCAAGGAACAUAA